GUUAUAUUAUCUAAAAAAAAUUGAUAAAUAUAAACAUGCUCCUCAAAUUGGCAAUAGUGAAAUUGCUCAAGUUGUUGCUCAAGUUGUUGCUUGUAUCAAACAACAAGCUCAGGAUACACAAGAUGCACCUCUAAAAUAA